CUCGCCAACAGCACAAGCAAUGGCCAUUAUUUCUUUGAAUUCUCACUCCCUUCUUUCUCACCUCUCAUUCUCUCUCUCUCCCUCUCCUCAGCAACGAGGCCUAUGGAGGAACAAGAAUUCCAGCAUUAUCUGCUGCAAGAACAAUGAGGCCGAUCAGCAGAAGCCACGUGUUAGUGCUGGAGAAGAAUGUGGGAUGGGAAGGAGAGAGCUGGUGUUUCAGGCAGUUUCUACUGCAUUUGCCUUUCCUGCUGUUAAUUCAGUUGCUUUGGCUGCUGAGAAUGAUUUAUCGGGGGAUUUUCGUGUUUAUACUGAUGAAAUGAACAAGUUCAAGAUCACCAUUCCUCAGGAUUGGCAGGUAGGAACGGGAGAAGGCGAUGGAGUAAGGGCGCUGAUUGCAUUUUAUCCUCCAGAUGCUUCCAGUUCAAAUGUGAGCAUAGCAAUCACAGCCCUUGGUGCUGAUUUCACAAGAUUGGAGUCUUUUGGCAAAGUUGAUGCAUUUGCAGAGAAUCUAGUUGGUGGACUAGACAGAAGUUGGCAAAGGCCGCCUGGUGUUGCAGCAAAACUCAUAGAUAGCAAAGCCGCUAAUGGGUUGUAUUAUAUAGAGUACACAUUAAAAAAUCCUGGGGAGAGUCGCAGGCAUUUGUUUUCAGUGCUUGGUAUAGCAAAUAACGGUACAUACAACAGAUUAUAUACUCUCACUGGGCAGUUUGUCGAUGAAGAGGAAGAGAAAUUUGGUUCCAAGGUUCAGAAAGCUGUUUCAUCGUUCAGAUUAAUUUAAUGAUUCAUUCAGGGUGGUAGAUGUUAUUUUUGAAAAGUUCAGAUUCAAUGUCAGACUUACGGCAUUCUCUUAGGCUGAUGCUGUAACAUGGAGGCGGAGCAAAGGGUCCACCUCGGAAGGUGAUUUUCACAAUGACAAACGAACUAUUGUAGUUUUGUAAAUCAUGUGAGAUUCAACUCUGUACACUUGAGUUGUCCAUUGGCAGCUGUCUUAGGAAUUGUUUGAGAAUUAGCUUAAUCUUUAGCUAUUUAUGUUAUGAUUAUUUGAUCCCACUGCAUGGGAAACCGAACAGGACUAAUGCAAUGGUGAGGUCUUGGAUUUUA